AGUUAUGGAUAAUUGUGGCAUUUCUAUUAAAGAAGAAAUAGAUGAAGAAACUGAAUCUACUAUUUCCACCAUUGGAGUUGAUGAAGAGGAAAGUUCACAGAUUUAUUAUUCUGGUGGCCUUACUCAUUUGAAGCAAGAAGAUGAGGUCCUUAUCCCAGAUGAAGUUGUGACAUGCUGCGAUGUAUCCAUGAAAGAAGAAACGGAAGAAAAAACUCAGUCAGCUAGAGCUGAGAAUUCCUUCAAUAAGACAGAUGAGAUCACUUGGUUAAAACCCGAUAAUACAAUGAAUUUAAAGAAGUCUGAAAUGUCUCUUACCGGUGAGAACUCUCAUCAAUAUCUUCAUUGUGAUUAUAAAGAAGCAAGAUCAAAUACAUUAAAAAUGUAUGAAAUGUCACAUCAUAUCAAUAUGAAGAUUCAACAAAUUCCUCAUGAUUAUAAAAUAACAGAAGCAGAGAAUUUAAAAACAUAUGUUAUGACUCAUCAUAUAAAGAGAAAACCUCAUGAAUGUUCUGAUUGUGAUUUUAAAACAGCACGACUAAAUGAUUUAAACAGACAUAUAGUAGUAAAUCAUAUGAGAGAAAAGCCACAUCAAUGUCUUCAGUGUGACUUUAAAACAAUAUAUUCAAGUGAUUUAAAAAAACAUAUAAUGGCUCGUCAUACAAGUGAAAGGCCUCAUCAAUGUCCUCAGUGCGAUUUCAAAACAUUAUAUUCAAGUGAUUUAAAAAAACAUAUAAUGGCUCGUCAUACUAGUGAAAGGCCGCAUCAGUGUCCUCAGUGUGACUUUAAAACAGUAUAUUCAAAUGAUUUAAAAAGACAUCUAAUGGCCCUCCAUACAGGUGCAAGGCCUCAUCAAUGUCCUUAUUGUGACUAUGAAACAGCAGUAAGAGGCAAUUUAAAAAAACAUGUAAAGGCACAACAUACAACUGAGAAGCCUUAUCAAUGUACACUGUGUGACUUUAACACAGUAUAUUCAAAUCUGUUAAAAAGACAUAUAAUGGCCCGUCAUACAGGUGAAAAGCCUCAUCAAUGUCCUGAAUGCGACUUCAAAACAGUAGAAACAAGUAAUUUAAAAAGACAUAUAAAGGCUCAACAUACAAGUGAGAAACCUCAUAAAUGCCCUGAUUGUGAUUAUAGAACAGUUCAUGCACAAGAUUUAAAAAAACAUAUAAUGGCCCGUCACACAGGUGAAAAGCCUGAUAAAUGUCCGUUUUGUGACUAUAAAACGGUCCAUGCACAAGAUUUGAAACAACAUAUAAUGGCCCGUCAUACAGGUGAAAAGCCUGAUCAAUGUCCUCAGUGUAAUUAUAGAACAGCAGGAAUGAGGAAUUUAAAAAGACAUAUAAUGUCUCAUCAUACUAAUGAAAAGCCUCAUCAAUGUCCUCAGUGUGACUAUAAAACCGUAUAUGUUGAUGUUUUAAAAAAGCAUCUGAAAGCAUCUCACACAGGUGAGAAGCCUUAUCAGUGUCUUCAUUGUGACUAUAAAACAGCUGUAGCGAGUAAUUUAAGAAGACAUAUAAAGGGUCAACAUACAAGCGAUAAGCCUCAUUAAUGUCCUCAUUGCAACUUUGAAGCAAAAGAAGAAGAUAAUUUAAAAUCACAUAUUACAGCUUGUCAUACAACUGAAAAAAUUAAAUAAACAAAAAGAAAACUGCAUUAUAAAUUAAGAAGUUAUUGUUUAACACAUUGACUCCUGUGGUAUCUUUCAAGAUCUCGAUCUAAAAAGUCAAUUUAAUUUAAUUAUAUUAUAUUAUUAAAACACUAAAACUCCAGGAGCUCCUAUGAAAUUCUGUCUAACAUCUUCUUCAUGAGAUUACUUUCUUUUGCAGAGCAAUAGCUAGGUUUGUACCAAAGUGGAAUUUGGAAAGGGAAGUCAACAAUUGACCAAAUUUACACAUUACAGCUAAACAGAAAGAGAGUAGAAGCUGCAGACCUAUCACUUGCAUUUUGAUUUUAAAAAUGCAUAUGAAGAGUUUGAAACCAUGUAUAUGAAACCAACAUGCGAAGCCUAGGAGUAAUCGUGAAUGAAGGAAAAACCAUCUUAAUUCCUAGCUGGAGUCUGGAGUGCAGUGGAGCGAAUGGAGUCUGGGGGAAGAAUGAGGUUCGUCAUGUUCUCACAUAUAUGAGAGCAUAGGUGAACAACGAUAUUACUGCCGAAGUAAAUACAAAUCACCACCGCUAACAGAUGUUUUUUUGGUCUAAUAUCUCAGCUGAGAAACAGUCUCAACACUAGAGCCACAAAGUUAUCCUCUACAAAGUAUUAAUACACCUUGUGCGUACAUAUGGUUCUGAAGCUCUGACUAUAUGAUGUUAUUUGCAUCCUACACCGCAUCUAUGGAACAAUCCAACGGAAUGAAUGAUUGGUAAAGGCGUAGAAAUCAGGAAUUGUACAUCAUGAUGAGUGAGCUAAAUGUUAGUCAUCAGACUUGGAAGGCUGCGGUGGUACGGCCAAGACUAAGGCGGCAGAACAAUGUGGACCAUGAAACAAAAUCCCUUCUUGGAAUUCAGAACUGUAAAGAGGCUCCAUAAGACGUGGUACAUGGCGGAAGGUGAUCCAGUAGGUCAUGAAUUGCUAGCAACUUGUACUUCUAAAGAAUGAAUGAAUAUGAGGUUGUAGUGCCAAAAAAUGAAUGAAUGAAUGUGUGGUUGUAGUGCCAAAGGAUGAAUGAACGAAUGAGAGGUUAACAUUUGAUAAUGAAUGAAUGAAUGUGAGGUUAACGUUUGAUGAAGAAUAAAGGAAAUCUGAUCUUAACAUCU